UUAACCUUGAUUCAUCUCCUAGCUUCCACUGAUCUCCAGCGCCUUUUUGGAUCGACGGCGACGCCGCCCUCCCGUCUCUCGCUCGCGAACCAAAGCCCUUCUCCGUUUCUUCCUCCUAGUACUCCUGUGCUCCUCGCGCGGCUCAGCCCUCCCUCCCUUCCCCCCCACGCGCCGCCUUCUUCCAGAACGCUCGCGGCGGCGGCGCGCCGCCUACGGGAAGCAGAGGCCACUCUCCCGCCCCCGCCGCGCCGCGCCGGGCGCCGCCGGCCUCCUGCUGUCCUCCUCCGGGGAUCUCGCAUUUGAAUGGAUCUAAGCGAUCCCAUGGCUGACUCGCCAAGGAGGCUUAAUGGCCUUCUGCGGGACCAGGUCAAGCUGGUGAAAAGGAAGGACUCAAACCGCUAUGAAAUCGUCCGCUUUCCUGAGCCAUUAUCAUUUGAGAAAGGCUUCUUUGUUAUGAUCCGUGCAUGCCAGCUUCUAGUGCAGCACAAUGAAGGGAUAAUAUUUGUUGGUGUUGCUGGACCAUCUGGGGCUGGGAAGACGGUGUUUACUGAGAAGGUGCUCAAUUUCAUGCCUAGUGUUGCUGUGAUAUCAAUGGACAACUACAAUGAUGCAAGUCGCAUAGUUGAUGGCAAUUUUGAUGAUCCACGCCUAACAGAUUAUGACACUCUGUUGGAAAAUAUUCAUGGUCUGAAGGAAGGAAGGUCAGUUCAGGUUCCAAUAUAUGAUUUCAAAGUGAGCUGUCGGACUGGAUACAGAACAGUUGAUGUCCCUAGCUCCAGGAUUGUUAUCAUUGAAGGCAUUUAUGCAUUGAGUGAAAAGUUACGACCUGUAAUGGACCUACGUGUUUCUGUAACUGGUGGUGUUCAUUUUGACCUGGUGAAGAGGGUCCUGAGGGACAUACAGCGAGCUGGCCAGGAGCCUGAGGAAAUAAUUCAUCAGAUCUCAGAAACGGUUUAUCCGAUGUACAAGGCUUUCAUUGAGCCAGACUUGCAGACAGCACAUAUAAAAAUUAUCAACAAGUUCAACCCCUUCUCAGGGUUCCAAAAUCCUAUGUACAUUCUAAAGUCACCACGUAAUCUAACGCCUGAUGAAAUCAAAGCUGCUCUUGGUGAGGAUUAUAGAGAAAGCAUUGAAGAAACUUAUGAUAUAUAUUUGCUUCCACCAGGUGAAGAUCCAGAAGCAUGUCAAUCUUAUUUGAGAAUGAGGAAUAGGGAAGGGAAAUAUAAUCUGAUGUUUGAGGAGUGGGUGACUGAUAAUCCUUUUAUCAUAUCACCAAGGAUUACUUUUGAAGUCAGUGUACGUCUUCUUGGUGGUUUGAUGGCGCUGGGAUAUACAAUAGCAGCAAUACUAAAGAGGAGCAGCCGUGUGUUUUCUGAUGGCAAGGCAACUGUUAAAAUUGAUUGGUUGGAGCAACUUAAUCGAAACUAUAUACAGGUGCAAGGAAGAGAUAGAAAUCAUGUCAAAUCUGUAGCGGAGAAGUUAGGUUUGGAUGGUUCUUACAUUCCUCGCACAUAUAUUGAGCAGAUUCAGCUGGAGAAACUGAUAAACGAUGUUAUGGCAUUACCAGAAGAUCUGAAGACAAAGCUGAGCAUUGAUGAUGAGCUGGUUUCAAGUCCAAAAGAGGCUCUUUCACGGGUUUCUGCUGAUAAGAGGAACAGACACCUGAAAAGUGGUCUGUCUCAUUCAUAUUCAACUCAUGGAGAUAAAAAUAUUGUGAAAUUAAGUAAACUGACAGAAACCAACAGAAGGUUUGGAAGUGGGCGGGCCCCUGAACCUCCUGCAAUUAACCAGGGUGCAAUCACUCAGCUGUCUGAACAGAUAUCAACGUUGAAUGAGAGGAUGGAUGAGUUCACCUCUCGAGUGGAAGAACUGAAUUCUAAAUUUGCAACAAAGAAAUCAUCAGCCAGUCAGCAAAAUUUAGCUCUUCCAAAUGAAACUUGUAAUGGUUCUGCACCUACAAAUCUCUUUGUUUCUCAUCUGGGCAAUGGUACCUUGAUCCCUCAUUCGUCAUCAUCGAACCAACUUUUAAAGGAGUCCCCUAUGAUGGAUGAGAUUAAUGCCAUAUCAAGAGGUCAGCGCCAAGUAAUACAUCAGCUUGACAAUCUGACCAGCUUGCUUCAUGAGCAUUUGGUCUUGACCCGCCAACAAAAUGCAGUCCGCAAAAACGGAAUCCUGGAUAUGGACAGGUCCAUCUGCUCACUCGUUGCCCUGACAGUUGGCGCAUUCGGCUAUUUGGUGUUAAGGAACCUCAACCGGAGCUAACCAAUGUGAAUUGAGCAAAGCCUGCUGCUCUGAAAAGGUCACCAUCAUGUUCAGCCAAGAAUCAGAGGAAGCCAACAGUCUCAAACAGAUCUUCAGCACCCCCAGAGUCCAAAGUCCAGACACCAAACCGAAUAUUCUCUUGCGAGCUAUAGAAGGUCCUCAGAUCAUUCACCUCAUGGGGACCAUAUCUAAUAGAUUUUACAAUUCCAAGAUAGAUAAACUCAUAUACCAGCGCAAGCAACAGAGCAGUCUUUGAUACUCGAGCCGAAUUACUCCGGAGCUUAACUGUGUACUAGAGAGCCUAGAGAGUUAUACAAUAUGUCUGUAAUGGAUACUGGAAAACCUCCAGUAUCAAUAAAUUUUGGAGACCUAGAAAUCCCGAUAUAACGUCGGACAAGUUAUGGGAAAGCAUAGUUAUUUACUGAGAA